AUGGUACCAUCCCCUGUUGUGUUAGCAAAGGUCAUAUGUGGAUACGAUCAAAUUCCGGGCACAUCCAAUCAUCCCUUAGAUGGAAUACUUGGCCUCGGAAGGGGAAAAUCGAGCAUUGUGUCACAGCUUCAGAGCCAGGGCUUGGUCCGUAAUGUCGUUGGCCACUAUUUAAGCGGAAUAGGCGGAGGAUUCCUUUUCUUCGGGGAUGGCCUCUAUGAUUCUUCACAUGUGAAUUGGACACCAAUGUCACAAGAGUUUAACAAGUACUACUCUCCGGGAAACGCCGAGCUACACUUUGGUGGGAAAGCGACCGGCAUUAGAAAUCUCAUCGUGAUUUUUGACAGUGGGAGCUCAUACACUUACCUUAAUUCUCAGGCUUAUUUAGCAUUGACAGCAUUGUUGAAGAAAGAACUAAGUGGAAGAUCUCUAAAGGAAUCUCCGGAGGACCAGACACUCCCAUUAUGUUGGAAAGGCCGAAAGCCAUUCCGAAGCGUGCGCGACGCCAAGAAAUACUUCAAGACCGUACUGUCCUUGGCCUUUACAACCAGUGGCAGAAGAAAAACCCAGUUUGAAUUGCACCCUGAAGCUUAUCUUAUAAUAUCAAAUAAGGGAAAUGUUUGCCUGGGAAUUCUAAAUGGAACACAAAUAGGGCUGCAAAAUCUGAAUGUCAUUGGAGUCGUGUCGAUGCAAGACAGAAUGGUGAUAUAUGACAAUGAGAAACAAGUGAUAGGAUGGAGCCCUGCAAACUGUGAUCAUCCUCCAAGGUUCAAAUCUUACAUGUGAACAUCAUUUUAACCACAAAAUAAUUCUCAACAUCC